UAUCAGAUCCGUUGGUUCUUGGCUAUAAAAAUUUAUAGGGUUAGCGUUUGAAUAGUAACAAAUAAAACAUAGGGUUAGUCUUAAAGCUUCAUCACAGGCCACACGCCGUUUCUCCGAAGCAAAACUUUUUCUUAUUGUAUUUUACUUUUAAAUUUAUUUGCGGUAGUUGAAUAAGAAGAGAAAAGAAAAGAAGGUUUUCUCUUAUAACUCGCGAAUCUUAUCAAUCUGGCUACAGAAAGGCCAGCAUCUUUUAUGCAUGUUAGCAAUUGGGUUUCCUUAAUUGGCGAAGAUUUUGGUUCACUCUGGCCGCUGCAGCAAAUUUUAAGUCUUCUCGCACCUCUAGGUGGGUGUGGGGUGAUAAAGAGGGAGUGAUAUUGCUUUGUGUCUUGAGGAGAUCAAGGUCAUCUCAUGUUUGGAGAUUGUGCCGUGUUUCAGAGGGUUUGUCGCUUGAUUAUGGCUAAGGUUACUUUUUGCUAGAUUCCCAUAAGCUUGAUGUUAGUUGACAUUCCACAUUAGAAAAGUUAGGCUCUCGUUCAGGCUUCUGGACAUUGAUGCAUAGAAUAUAAUAGUUGUUUGUUCUUAGUAUUUUUAUGUAAUAAAAGAGUAGGUUUGGAUGUAGCUCAUCAGUAUUGCCACAAUGGUUAGGUUUUCGUGCUUCAAUGCUCAUAUCCAUUCCAAUAAACCAAAGAAAACCAUCGAACCUUCUGCUGGAGCAAUGCAUAGUAAAUUAAAAGCCCGUGUUGCAUCAACCAAAGCUCCAAAUAUAAAAUCGUCAUCUCUGAAGGCACAAGCUGAUACUGGGAUUAGCAGCAGCAACAAGAAUGCCACAGGCUCUGUGUCCAUUGAACGAGGCUGGAAAUCUCAGGAAAUUAAUGGCAAAUUGAGAGAGAAUGAUACUAGAGUCCAAGAAAAGUGCCUUCUUAAGAAGAGUCAGUCUUUAGGAAGUGAAUUAUGCCGUGGCAGAAGGGUUCUUUGUGAAAAUGAUACAGAGGAUGAAAAUGUAUUUUCUAGUGAUUCCCUUGAUCAAAUUGAGUUGCUUGGACCAGAUGGCACUGAGGAUCCAGGAGUAAACACAGUCAGUCAACAGGAAAAUGUUCCACGAUCAGAAUCUGUUCGGGUAGGUUCUGAUCUUGUCAACAAAAAAUCUAUCUUCUCAAUUGAAGAUCCACAGCAUUCACAGAAGGAAGGGAAUGAAAAUUCUGAAAGCCUGUUUUUUGGUGAUGGCAUUGAUGAAUCUGGCAACCAUAUGCCUCGCACCCCUCAAAUGAUUGUAAGAUCCUACUCUUUGCCCAAUAUUAGUCCUUCCUCGCCCACUUCCAGUAGAUCUUACGGACGGCUUCACUCAAGAUCAUCAGAGGACCUGCAUGUUCUAUGCAUGAGGUGGAAAGAGGUUUCAUUUAGUCAAGUUGGAAAACAAGUAAUAUGCAAACCUGAAAGAAGGGACAACAUUUCUAAACCUGAGAUCUUCAACUUUGAAAAUUCUCUUGAUAAUGGUAAUGAUUCUUACAAUUAUUCAGCUUUGGCAAAUGACUGGAUAAUACCAGGUACAGAUGAAGUAAACCUGGCAACAAGCCUCCAGGGAGGAUCCUCCAUUUGUCAGAGAGAUGAAUCACUAAGCAAGGAUUUUAAGUUUAAGCGGAUUGAGGAGUGGGUCAAUGAUCUUCAACACUGUAGUCCAGUACAAGAAACAAAUGAAAUAAUAGAUACUGGUCUCCAGCUGAAUGGAGAUUCCAAUAUUAUUAAUGGUUCUACUGCUACAAAGGCGGAUGCUAAGGUCACUCCUGGCAUGGAAGCUGCUAAAAAAUACAUAUCUUCUUUAAGUGCCUCUGCUAGUACAGCUCAACUGUCAAAUCAUGGGCUAGCAGUGAUCCCAUUUCUUAGUGCAUUUGUUAGCCUGAGGAUACUUAAUCUAUCUGGAAAUUCCAUAGUGAGAAUAACUGCUGGUGCCCUUCCUCGAGGACUUCAUGUGUUGAAUCUAUCAAAAAAUAGUAUUUCUACUAUUGAGGGAUUGCGCGAACUUACCCGACUUCGUGUGCUGGACUUAAGCUACAAUCGGAUAUUCAGAAUUGGGCACGGUUUGGCUUCUUGUUCCUCUCUGAAAGAGUUGUACUUGGCGGGAAAUAAAAUAAGUGAAGUGGAGGGUCUUCACCGUCUGCUAAAGCUAACUGUACUGGAUCUCCGCUUCAACAAAAUCUCUACAUCCAAGUGUCUGGGCCAACUUGCAGCCAAUUAUAAUUCGUUGCAAGCCAUCAGCUUGGAAGGAAAUCCAGCACAGAAAAAUGUCGGAGAUGAACAACUCAAGAAAUAUCUGCAAGGCCUUCUUCCCCAUCUUGUAUAUUUCAACCGGCAGCCAACUAAAGUUAGCACUUUGAAAGAUGCUGCUGAUCGAUCAGUAAGGCUAGGCAUCAAUAGCCAAAAGUUUGAACGUGGCCUGAGGUCAGAUAACAAAGCUGCACGAAAGGCUAGCCAUGGACUAGCCAACACUAGGCCAAUAUCUUCAUCUACUAAUGGUCGUAAAGGUCAAGCUGUGGCCUCUCCUAAGAUGCAAAAGAGUAAGGAUGCUCGUCUGCCACCAAUUGGAAAUAAAACAACAACGAACAAUCGGCAUAAUGAUGUCAGUGGCAAACUUCCUAGCUUUAGAUCAGAUUUCUCAAUUCGAAGGAGUCGAAGUGAGGGAAUGUUAGGAGCUCUAUAAGAUGUUAUCCUUUUGAGAGUCCAUAUGAUAUGUUCGGUUGUCAUGGUCAUAAAGCUGCUGUCUGACUCAAAUGGUUCAGAGAUUGGAAUUUUCAUCUUGCGCAGAACAAAAGCUGCGAGCAAUCAUCUGUGGCGUUAUUUUGAUACGAUCUGCAUUGCCUUUUAGAAUUCUGUUGGUUUAUCAGUUGUUGUGUUGGUUGUAGUUUCUAUCUCAACCUCAGACAUUUGUCACUUCUUGUAGGUGUGCUUACGGCACCUGAAAAACACUUGCUUACGUUUGAUGUGUGGUUGAUGAUUUAAUAAAUGUUGAUAUUUCAUUUAAGAUA